AUGUCUCAACCACAACUUUUUCCAAUGCUGAAUUUAAUAAGACAUUCUGCUAUAUCGACCAAGAAAAUAAAUAAGUUUAAUAGAWKUGAAAGAUCUACAGCAUUUACAAUUGAGCAUGAUUUGAAUGAAGACCCGAAUUUAUAUGAAAUUAGACAUGAAYUAGUAUCACAGUUGGACGAAAUUAUAGAAGAAAUGAUGCCUGAUGCUGAUGCUAAGGAUGUCAUUACCUUAAUAUUAUCUCAUAGGGACAUGGAAACGCCUAUUUACAUUAACACAAGAAAGGAAAAUUUCUCUACUAAUAUGGUUUAYAAAAAGAUGGAAAUGGUGGCUCAAUCAUUCAAGACAUUUUUCCUGGAUAAACUCUUCAACUURACAAUUAGUACAAGCAAGCCUCAAGAUGGUGGCGGGAAACCAAAGAUCGCUAAAGCUCCAAAAACGAUAGAACAAAGAAGCCAUAAUAAAAGAKCAGUUGUCCGGAUAAUAAAUGACGAUAACAGCUGUGGCCUAAGAGCUUUCUACGUUUCCAAGUAUCACACGGACAACAAGAACAAUCUAAACCCGAAAAUUUGGCAGAAUAUAAGAAAAAACGUAAACUUGGCUCAGAAUAAUGGAGCGAAUGAGUUGGCGAUGAAAUGUAGUAUGGAUUUAAACACAAGAUUGGGGCAUGAUGAAUGGAAACAUAUUCAARKGUGUUUUCCAUUUCAUCAAAUUAUAGUAAUUYAUGCAGACGAUUGGACAGAUGUCAUGUUUAAAGGUCCAGAUAGAAGUAAAAAAGUAUACAUUGAGCAUAACAAUGAGCAUUACAACGCCAUUGUGAAUAUAAGAGGGUACUUUGGGAAGAAAUAUUAUUGUGAAGAGUGUAUGAUCUCUUACAAUAAUUUUUGUGACCAUAAGUGCGAGUACAAAUGUUCCCAGUGCUACGAAAAGUGUAGCGGAGAGUUAAUAAAUAUAUCCUGUUUUGAUUGCAACAGGAUAUUUAGUAAACAAGAUUGCUACGACAGACACAAGAAAAAUAAAUUAUGCGGAUACUUACAUCAGUGUCCGGAAUGCAGAUUUAUAUAUACAGCAAAAAAUAAACACAAGUGUGGCUUCUAUAGAUGCAAGAAAUGUAAUCAAAGUACUCAAGAACAGCCACACUACUGCUACAUUAAGCCGAAAGAUGUUGACAAUGUUCAAGAGCAAGACAGUAUUAAUAAGUUUAUUGUAGCUUUCGACAUUGAAAGUACACAGAUAGAUGGCGUUCAUGUUCCGAAUUUGGUAAUAUCUAAAGUGCAAUGUGACAAGUGUACAUCUUCUGGAUGUACUACUUGUCCACAUGAAGAAAAGGUGUACUUUGGAGACAACUGUAUCAAGCAGUUUGUCGAUUAUCUUUACAACGAACUGGCCAUAAAAGCAGAAAAGAAGAAAUCCGAAAUAUAUACUUUUGCUCAUAAUGCAAGAGGUUAUGAUGCCCAGUUUAUAUUAAAAGAACUCUGGAACCGAUAUUUCGAUAAAGUAGAAGUAGUAUUAAGAGGAAGGAAGAUUUUAUUUAUGAAGUGUGGUAACGUGAAGAUGAUGGACAGUUUAAGUUUUUUCUGUCAGUCAUUGGAUAAGUUACCUAAAGCUCUGGGCCUGGACAUUCAAGUAGCAAAGGGUGAUUUUCCGCAUUUAUUUAACAUGCCGGAAAAUUACAACUAUAUUGGCCCUAUACCAGAUUCAAAGUUUUUCAGUCCGCAAUAUAUGAAUGAAGAUAAACGAGAAAAGUUUUUUGAUUGGUAUAGACAGCAAGUAGAUAGACGUGACUGGAAUUUUAAAGAGGAAUUAAUUAGUUACUGUAGGAAUGACGUAGAUAUUUUAUUAGACUGUAUUUUAAAAUUUAGACAUACAUUUAGGGAAUUGGAAGGUUUUGAUCCAAUUACUAAUUGUUUUACAUUAGCUUCUUUAGCCUUACAAGUCUAUACUACAAAUAUAUUAGGAGAAAAAGAGUUAGCUAAUACACCAGUUAAAGGAUACACAAAAACAAAGAAUAGUUCAAUUAGUGGUAGUAGUUGGUUAGAUUGUAUACAAAAGCAAAACAACAUUACACUAAAAAGAGAAUACAGAAUAGGUAAUUACUGGGUAGAUGGGUUUUACAAUAAUACAGUAUACGAGUUUUUAGGGUGCUAUUGGCAUGGAUGUAGUUGCCAAUUUACAAACAAUAGAGAUGAAAAGCUAAUUAGAACUAAAAAUGAGAUAAACACACCCAAUGAAAGAUAUGAAUACACUAUAGAUAAGCUAAAUUUUUUAAAGUCCAAGUAUAAUGUAGUUUCAAUAUGGGAGUGUCAAUUUAAUGAGCAACUUAAACACAAUACAGAUUUAAAAGAUUACUAUAACUCUCGUUUCCGCUAUCAUAAAAAACACACUUCUAUACAAAUUAGGGAUAGUUUAUUUGGGGGUAGAACUAAUAAUUUACAGUUUCAUAAAAAAGCAGAAUUAGAUGAGGAAAUAAAGUACUUGGACGUCUGUUCCCUUUAUCCUUAUGUUCUUAAAUACUAUCCCUAUCCUCAGACACACCCUACAGUAAUUAACGAGAAUUUCGAUUACUCGUUGGCCAAUUAUUUUGGCUUUAUCAGGUGCACUGUUACCGCACCUAAUAAUUUAUACUUGCCUAUCCUUCCGGUUAUGCAAGAUCAUAAAUUAUUAUUUUCAUUAUGUCCACAUUGUGCCGAAAGUAAAUCAGAUAGCUGUACCUGUAAUAAUAGAUCUUUUACGGGUACUUGGACUAGCGAAGAACUAAAAUUGGCACUAGAUAAUGGGUACAUAAUUGAUGAGAUAUACGAGGUUUUGAAUUAUGAAAAGGAUUACAGUAAGAAUAAGUUUAAAGUAUACGUAGAUAAGUUUUUAAAGAUUAAGCAAGAAAGUAGUGGUUGGCCUGAGUGGUGCAGUAAUGAACAGUUGAAACAGGAAUACAUACAGAAUUACGAACAGAAAGAAGGAAUUAGAUUAGAUUACACAAAAAUACAGAAAAAUGAGGCCCUAAGAUUCAUUGCUAAAUUAAUGCUGAAUUCUUUUUGGGGCAAGUUAGCACAGAAACCUAAUCAGAAUAGAACCCAAAUUGUCAAGACUUUUAAUGACUAUUGGGGAUUAUUAACAGACGAUACAAAAGAGAUAUUAGGAGAGACAUUUGUUAAUGAGGACACAAUUAUUUACACAUGGAUAUAUAAAGAUGAUGAUAGAGAUUACGCAAGAAAUUACAAUGUAGCUGUUGCUUCAUUUGUAACUGCGUAUGCUAGGAUAAAGUUAUAUAAGAUCAUGGAACAAAUUGAAAAGAUAAGACCGAAAAGYUUACUAUACCAUGAUACAGACUCCGUAAUAUUCUGGAGAAAGUUGACAGAUCCCACUAUUGAAUGUGGUGAUUAUUUAGGAGAUUUAACAGAUGAGAUCAUAAAAGAGUACAGUAAUAAUUCGCGGUGUAUUGAAUUUACCGCUUUAGGACCAAAGAACUAUGGUUAUAAAGUACUUAAAGAUGACGGCACUUGUGUGUCGCAAUUUAAGUGUAAAGGUAUAACUCUCCAUUAUAAAGCAAAACAGUCCAUCAGUUUUGCUAAUAUGGUAGAUAUGGCACUUAAAUUUAAAGAUAUACAGCAAAAUACAAUAAUAAAAGUGCCUCAGCGUCAAUUUGUCAUUAAUAAGUACAAUGACAUUAGAACUAAAUAUAAUGAUAAAGAAUAUAAAGUAACAUCUGACAAACGCUACAUAUAUGGGGAAUAUACUUUCCCAUAUGGCUUUGUCCAGUCUAGUACCGGAAUAUCUUUCACACCCACUGUAUAA